UUAUUCUGUGCACUAUACUCUUUGACAGUGAAAACUGAAAUAUCAAAUAGUGUAUGAUUCUUACGAAUUGCUCAGUGCACGCAAUAAAGAGAUAUAUUAAAAAAUAUAUUAAUAUGAAUCUACCAAUAUUAUUUUUCGUUUUAUUCAUCCAUCACGCGAUAUGCCUUGAUUACGAUGGGUGGUUAAAUAUUCGUAUUGAACAUUCGUUAAAUUGCAAUGAAGAUAAAUUUUGUAAUCGCGGAAAUAUAUCACUUAAAAGCAUACGAGCCGGCACUGCAACAAUUGAUCAAAAUCCUUUAAGCCAAAAGCACAUAGAAGAGUUAAAGGAGCUAGCUUCAAUUGAUGGAUUUUAUACAAUGAGAUCAUUUGUGACUACAGCUGAUAGCAAGGAGACUGAAUUUCUUUCGUCCGUAAAAGCUAAAGCAUUCUUAGAAAACGGUUUAUCAGAUGUAAUCAGUGCGUGGGUACUACCUAGUGGUGAAGUGAUAGCUGUGACAUUUCAAGUGACCAAUUCAACACAAUCCAAUGACUUGUUCAGAUCUGACCAUCACAUUAAUUCCAAUUUUUAUCUUCGUCAUGUGGAUCAGGCACCUGUACCUGACACUGCUUCUUACAUUCAAAAACUAGAGCGAGAAAGAGAAGCAAGAGAAAAGGGUGAAUUGAAAGAUAAUAGAUCAUUUUUGGCCAAAUAUUGGAUGUAUAUUGUUCCAAUUGCAAUAUUUGUGAUGAUAUCAGGUGCUACAAACCCUGAAGGUGGUGCACAGGCUUCUCGAUAGUAAAGAUUAUUAUGAAAUUCAGGAUAUUUUAUAAUAGUACAAUUUGUGUUUAUAAAAUUUAAGUUUUGCAAAUCUUAUUUAUGUGUUGUGUAUGGUUAAGUAAGUGAUUAUAAAAUAAAUAGACUUUUUAUUCAAAA